UAGAAAUGACCUACCACAAGUUUCGGAACAGGACAUCAAAAAUUUAUAUUUUAAUGCUAGGGCAGCACAGAAUAGAUCUAGACUAAAUUAUCUAAGCAGCGGAGAAAGGGAGAAAUUUAAAUUCAAUGAACCAAUGAAGAGUCAUUCCGGAACUAGUAAUGUUCCAUAUUCCAAGGAAUAUAAUCUGCUUAAUGCUAAUUCACGUGCGAGCAGUACUCCCAAUUAUAAUAAUUAUAUGUUGAACCAAACUGAAAUUGAUUUUAUUAUAAACAAACACAUGAGGGAGGGUCUACGGAAGAAUAAUAAUUAUAAAAAUGAUCAAACAUACAAUGGCCAAAAUGCUCAUACUAUACCAUAUAAUAUAAAGCCUGGAGAUCUGGAAAAUACUUAUAUUUCUAAAAAUGCCCAACAAUUUGAUUUGAAUAAUUUUCAAAGUAUGCCACAUAAUUUCAAUCCCAAAGAUUUAUAUUCCGAUCUCGGUCAACCAUAUUCACAGUCAAAGUUUCCUCAGAGGAAACCGUUGUCAUCUUAUCCCAGGGCUAACCCUUACAGACCUGUACCUCGAAAUUUUAAAAGAAUUAGACGAAGCUGGCAUACUAGAGAAAAUAGAGAUGCAAAUCAAUAUAUGAAAGAUGGGUUCAGUUUACAAAAAAUUGAAGAGAAUGGCGAGGUUCCAUGCGAUACUUGUGGUGGGAAGAAUAAAAAGAAGGAUGAAAAGCCCCCAGCAAGAUUUUGCAGUGCCUUGAUAGAACCAAAAAGCUCCGAAAGUAAACUGGAAGAGUUUAAUGCACCAGAAAAACUGAACGAUGUCAUUCCCUGUGAUACUUGUGGAGGAAAGAACAAAAAAGGAGAAGGAAAAUCCCCACCUGGCAGUCUUGAUUCUGAGGUUCAAAUGGUAAAAGCGGAAAGCGUUCAGCCAUUAACAUCAGAGGAUGCAAUACCAUGUGAAAAGUGCAAGGUAAACCGUGAAGGUAACCUGGCUGCUCAGUCCUGCGGAUGCGUAAGCAAUCCCAGCGUAUGCAACUGUGAAGUCUCCAAGUUAUCCCGAGCUCUUAAUCAGAGUAAGGAAGACAUCAAUUAUGGCGUGUUCAACAUGAACAGUCCCAUUCCAUAUUUAACAACUCAGCUGCGGGUUUUCAGGAGACGCCAUAAUACCUGGUGGAGGAUUGUUCCCAUUGUAAGGCUUGAUAGUGUGUCAGGAAUAUUUGCAAAUAAAAAUAUGUCCAUGGUAUUUUCUACACGCGUUGGAACAUUGCGGCAGGAAAAAUCUGCAAGGUUUUCAGAUCACAAACUUUUUAUUCCUUUAAAAAGUGAUGGCCAACUGGCCGAGACAAGGAGCUUAGAGACGUUAACGGAAUUGCAGAAUAACAUUGGGAAAAGCUUUCUGAUUGGCAGUUCUAGGAAGGACCUUGCCACUCGUGAAAUAAAGGAUUUCGAAGAGGAUGCCAUUAAAGGUAUUGACAGCCUGGGUUAUUUUCCAGUAACCAUGAAAGCUUUACAAAUGUGUCCCCAUAACGACAAGAAUAUUUGCCUAAACAUUCGAGGGGAAAGAGUUCCAGAGUUUAGUAUAAAAGUCAAGAUUCCCUUUCGGGAAAAUGCUUUUAUGGUGAAAAAAAGGCAUGUGGUAAAGAUAUUCAGCAUUGUUACCGAUGCUACUACAAAGGAUGCCAUACAAAUUUCAAUCGAUGUUAUUAACAAGGGCCUAGAGGCACAUGAAUACUCCAUAUAUGUUUAUAAUUGUCCCCUUUCCAAAAGUGCUUUAAGUACGACUAGUAUCAGAAGGCAAUUACUGCCAGAUAUUGGCCAAAAUGUUACCUUUUUACUACCAUUUAUAAAUAGCGCAAAGAAAAACAAGAAAUUUACUUGUGAUGUGGUUGUAAAGGAAUCCGACUUGAAUAAUUCCAAUAAAAGCUUCUUUUUGAAGUCAUCUGAUAUAAAGGCCGGUAUUAUUGCCAAGAGGACCAUGGACAUUAAAGUUCACUCAAGGUGCUUCUGCAUUGGGCGAUGUCGCUGUCAUUGCAUGGAAAAGUUACAAACUUUUGUAAAUUACAACAUCUGCGAGAGAAUGAGCCGUAGGGCGCAGGAGGAUGCAGGACUCAUAUACAAUUGCCCGCCCGGAAAUGAAAGAAACGAUGUUUGCAUCACUGACUUGUCGUGUGACAGUCGUAAGAAAACAUCUUUCAACAUAUUUUAUAAAAUUCAAACUGUUAUUUUAAUUCUUUUUAUUUGGUUGCUUAUUUUCGGUCUUUUGAAAGCCAUUUUUGGUCUCUGUAUUCGAUCGAUAGAUCAAUAUGGAUUCGAGACUGUUCAGCCUGGCAGAUAUUAUGCUUGCUCAUCCAGGAUUCGAAUAUUUAUUGUGAAUGUUUUCUUCUUUAUUAUUUAUCCCUUGACCUGCUGGUGCAAGUGUUUCAAGCCAAAACCGGAGGACUUGAUGGCUGCCAGUACCGAUUGGUCCUGUAAUCAUGAAGUGGAUGACGACGAUUGUUCUUUGGGCGAGCAUAAAGACUCGGAGAAAAGAUCUCGACUUUGUGGUGGUGGACCUGCUCAGAAACUAUCUGAGGACCUGCUAUUGGCCUUUGCUCCCCAUUAUGAAAAUGGUUUAUUUAAAGACGACAAACCCGAUGAUGAGGAGAGCACAUUAUUUAUUUUAGAAGUUUUGGAGGAAAGCAAAACUUCAUUGAGUAAAAUGAUGAGUCAAAGCACCAAGAGUUCUGACAGUCCCGAGAUGGUUUCCAAAUGUGCGGAGAACAGCGAAGAAGAAAGAACAGCCGAGGAGCUAGUGGAAAAUCUCAAAACCUCACAGAGGGCUUACAGGCUAAUGAGUUCGCCAGUGGGCGGAGUGAUAAACAUUCCGGAAAAUAGUCAAUAUUGUGUUAAAGGCUUCUUUCUUCCCACCAUAAAGGGAACCUAUGAAUUCUUUAGCUAUCAUCCUCUGGUUCAGUAUAUAGGCUUCUCAAAGGAGAAUGAAGUUAUGAAGCUGAUGAAACCCCAAUAUCUACGUACAGAUGAAUUCUCUAGGACUUAUGCCAAUAAAUUAGAGGUCUUAAAGGCGGGGGAUCUAUCGGUGGGCUGCCCUCCGAAUAUUCCUUGCGUAAAUAUCACUCCAUCGAGCGAUUUGGAAAACUCUUUCCUAAAGCUUUCAGAGCUGUUAAAGGAGACACGCAGCGAGUAAGGAGAAUCUUUAAAGCUAAUUCUUAUAUUUUCGUUU